GGUUUUUAUUGAGUCCAGGGGGUUAGAAAUUAUUUAAAUAAGUAUCAGUGAUGUAAAAAUGGACCUCAUACAUAUGUAGAGGUGACUUUGCCAAACACUGAAAAGGACAGAAGGGUUCAGGUCAUGGCCAGGAGUGUGUUGUCUCAGUAUGGAUGAUAAUUAAUAAUAAAAUAAUUAUGUAGAAGAAAAUAUUCCAAGUCACUGAACCUGAUUUAGGUAACUUGGUUCAGAAAAGGCGCAAAUCGGUGCGUAAAAAUUCACCAAAACGCAAAUAAACGCAGUAAAUCUGAGCCCCCACAUGUCCAACAACAGCCCUGACCGCGGCUGAACUGCCUGCUGAUGUCCCGGUACCAUGGCUGGACCCACAUGACCCAUCGUGUGCUUUUGUUUUGCUGCUACACUGUUGAGUUUUGCUCUUCCUUGUUGCAGCAAACAGUGAAUUGACGCCCCCAGUUGACCAAAUUAGCGCAUCCUAUUGUUCGCAGGCUCUACGUAAUUGCGCUGGAUCACGGCUGUCAUCUGCUGCCUGCACACACACACACACACUGAAAACAACAACAACACACACACACACACACUCUCUCUCUCUCUCUUUAACGGGACUUUAAGGCGACACACCGUCUCCCUCUCUCCGUGUUCCGUGGGAUGCUCGGACUCUGUGGACGGAUGAGUCCUCGCGCUGGAGCCACCACCAUUACAUCAUCCAUCCCCGCACAGCCCCGCAGCCCAGCUUUCAUUAUUUAACAGGGAUCCCGGCGGUUUGGACUCCUCAUAAAGGACGCUGUGCGGAUUAUAAAAACACAUCAACAAUGUCUGCGGGGAUGAUGGCGUUUCAAUGAAAGGGGAGGAGAGGAGGGGGAGAGGAGGAGAGACGUGCACCGUCAUCAGCAUCUGUCCGCCAGCUCCCUUUGUGUUCACCGGAGAAUGUGAAUGGCGAAAGAUGACAUGGCAGAGGUAGAUCUGGCAUCAAACGGAGCGGAACCCCCCGGCGAGGCCUCCUCGGCGUUUCCCUACGAGGAGUACGAGUGCAAAAUCUGCUACAAUUAUUUCGACCUUGACCGUCGGGCUCCGAAGAUCCUCGAGUGCCUGCACACGUUCUGCGAGGAGUGCCUGAACACGCUGCACCUCCGGGAGGAGCGGCCAUGGCGCAUCAGCUGCCCCGUCUGUCGCCACCGGACUCCGGUGCCGGAUUAUCGGAUACAAAACCUGCCCAACAACACCAAGGUGACGGAGGAUUUUCCGCUCUACAUCGACUCGGACCCCCUGCCUCAGGACGCUCUGCCGCCGUACCCUCCCCCGCUGCACCCAGCUCUCGUCGCGCUCCGCCGGGAGGAGGCGUCGGGGACGUCCAGCGCCAGCCAGGCGACCCCGUCCACCACCGUGUCCACGGCCACGACCCUCUCCCAGGACUCGGUGCGCUACGACAGCUGUCAGAGCUGCAAGCGAGUGGCGCUGACCACCGGCUGCGUGUGCGUGAUCUUCUCCUUCCUGUCCAUGCUGGUGCUGCUGUUCAUGGGCCUGAUCUUUGUGCACAGUCACAGCAUUCCUCCCUCGCCGGCGGGACCCAUUUGCUUGUCGGUUGCCAGCAUUCUGGCCAUGUUCUCGGUGGUGGUCACAUGGCUCAUCUGCUGGCUCAAAUACAGACCGGACCAUGAGACAGGCCGCGCGUCCGCCACCAGUAACUCGCGGAGAAACGCCUGACAGGCUGGCUGUGGAUGGAGAUGUUGUUCUGUGGGUGUGUGAUUCUGUACAUAGUACUGGCAACUGAUUCUCCUGCUCCCUUUACUUUUUCUAGGAAUAAAUCUCGCCCAAAAUGGCCUUUUAUGAGUAUAGCAAACACCCAAAGGCCUUCGUGUUGUUUGGAGCAAUAGGCCGACAUGAUCCUUGGUAAUCUUCUCCUUAACUGAUGCACUUGAAGUUGCAGUAGGCCCGGCUGACUGGCCAUGUUGAUGAGUGAACUUCAGAGCCUGAAUUUGGUUUGAUGGCUGAAUGUGAAGUGCUUAUUUCCAGGGUUUGACACCCUCCUCCCCCAACCUGCUAAAUAAUAUGCAUAUCCCACAAUGCCACUCACUGUAUGAUACCUGUCCAUGAUGAUCCACUCAUAUCUCAACAGAGCACUAUUGUAUUGUACAGAUAUUUGGCCGUGUUCACUUCUGAGUUGUCAGCUGAUGGAUUCUGGUUUCUACGGAGGCUUACUCUAUAUGUUUAUGUGGGAAUCCUCUGAUUCAACCUGUAAAUAGUCCCACAGAGGAGUGGUGAGCGAUGCUGGAUAGGUGUGAUGAGCCUUCCUGAACCUUGUGCUUUAACUUCCUCCUACAGGACGGCACUGUGUCCACAGUCACCAUGAAAGCUGCACCUGUUCAGGCAAAAGGGAAACAAAGAGAUAGCUUGUGAAUUUGAACUUGUGUUUUGCUACUUUUGUGCAUGUUCGGCUACUGAAAGGCCUCGGCUUUCUGUUCCUCCUCUUGUUUUCUAACGGAGGGGACCGUGUGUCUCCUGACUCGUGUGCCUCACCUUGUUGCUGAAUGAAGCAAAACUUCACUGUAAUCGUGAUCAGAAUCAUGCACGGGCCUCCCGCCGCUGACAGCGCCCAGCGGGGCGGUCGGCAGGGAUUUCCUCCUCCUGUCACAUCAUUUAUACAUCGGAAGGUGAAAACAGGGUUUCCUACGUUUAGCACCUUUUUUAUACUUAUAAAAAAUGGGUUUUUUUCUUUGCGUGUGGCUUUGAGGGUAAAGAGUCCAUAAUUGUUAGAGUUCAGGCGUUUAGCUGCUUCCAAGUUCCCUCCUCUUCUUCCUUCAAAGCCAUAAGUGAGAAUCCAAUAAUGAUAUAUCCUAAAAAAUAAAAAAAAAGGACACAUUUGGUGUCACUCUGGUUCCUCUGAGAUUGUCAGGAGUCAUAAUUACCUCUGGAAACUUAAAGAGCCCCAUGAGCUGCAUGGCUCAGAUUAGACAGAGUAGGGCUCAGAGGGUUGGUGGUGUUCCUGUACCUGCACUAACAACAUGCACAUAUUGAACUUUCCUAAACUGAAACUUAACAUCAUUUCCAUUUUAUGUUUUUUUUUUUUUAACUCCAGGGCCUCUUGUGGGCAGACUUCUUCUUAUGAUUAUUACUGUGAACUGUUGGUAAAGUCUGUGUAUGUUAUUGUUGCUACAAUCUUUGCUAUUAUUUAUUUAUAACACUUACAUGUGGAAGAGAAACCCAGCGUAAGACCCCCGUACUGGCUGAACGUGGUCCGUGGGGGAUGUGAAUUGGAACACCGUGCUAUCUCCUGGCUCCCUGACAGCAUUUAAUAUAGAAUUCAGAGGCGAUUCGGACACCAAAGUGGUUUUUAUCUGAAGCACUUAUAGCCCCUGAGCACUCCUGCUCUCCCUACCUCACUGCAGGGGGAAAGGAAAAAAAAAAAAAAAGAGCAAUUUGAUCAGUAAACCCUCCCCUAACCCUCAAUCUGAUGCUUGCUUCAAUCAUCCUGCUCAACCUUUUCCCAACUUCUCUAUGAUGCACUUUCACCCUCUUAUUUGACACAAGUAACGGGGUCUACCUUUGACAAGAUGUACGCAUACUGUAUUUAUUUCAGAGGACCUAGAAAAUGUCGUUGGUUUUUAUGAGAAUCCGUGGUUGUUGUUGAAGUACCAAAUGUAUUUGCACAGAGAAAUGGUCUUUAUGUGCUGUUUUACAUACAUAAACACAUUUCAGUAAUAAAGGAAACGUGAAUACCCA